CUAAAUCCAAUGGAAACUGAAAACAUGGACACCCUGCAACCCACAAGGCCACAAAACACUCCUUUCUUCGUCUCUCUCUUCUCAUUUCACGCAUAGGGCUUCGCAAAACUCUCUUUCUUUCUCUCUCUCUCUAUCGGAUCUGAUUUCCCAACGCUUAAAACCCCUCUUCCAUAUUGUCCGAUCUUUUCCCGUUUUCCCACACCAUUGACACCAGUCAAUACACCCCACGUACGCUAUAUAUAUUAUAUAUAAAGAACGGCGGCAGUGGGACUGCAGCGGGAGUAGGAUCCGGCGGUGCUCGGAUCGGUGCCGGUGCUCAACCGGGCAUUUUCAUGGAAAUGCCUCGGCUCCGAGGAGGGGAAGAACGAUUGCGAAGAUGAAAAAGGCCGGCGACGAGGAAGAGGAAGACGAGUGUUUUCACGAUUCCUUUGACCGCCUCAUCUCUUCCGCCAAUACUUCCUGCUCCUCCUCGGCAUUGCCGUCCGACGAGGAGGAGGAGGAGGAAGAAGAACGUAUUUUGGGUUCUCCCCCCAAUUAUGCUUGCCCCCAACCGCCUUCUGUGCCUUGCUUCCCCAUGGGUGUUUCUGGCAACUAUGACGUCUGGAUCUCCCAGCCCUCCUCUAUCGAAGAACGCCGCCUCAGCCUUCUCCAGAAAAUGGGUCUCAGCCGUGACCCUUCUAUUCUCCGCCACAGGCCGUCGCUCUCGGCCGCCGAGUGCAGCAGUUCCGGCGACGGAGGGGAGUUUUUUGCCAGAUCGGUCUCGUCGGAUCAGUUGAGCAGCCCAAUUGACGGCGGUGAGGGUUUUCCUAAUAUUCAUACUAAUAAUAAUGAUUUCAGAAAUAGCAAUAAAAUUACUAGUGUAUCUGGGUUUGCCCGAUCGAAGUCUGAGGGUAAUCGUAAUCGUAAUCGUAAUUCUUCCAAUUAUGUUUCUUGUUCAUCGUCGUCACCAAUUCAUAAAAAUACCGAAAUUCUUUCAAUUGAUUCUGUUGCCAAUGGUGGUCGCCCUAUAGUUGUAAAUAAUAGUCGAAAUCAUAGUCGAAGCAUCAGUAAUGUUGAUAAGUUCCUAAGUGGUAGCGGAUCACCAAUGACCAUUGCUGUUUCGCCAAAGAAGCCACCCACAGGUAGGUGUAGAAAUGAUUCCACACAUAAUGAGGAGGCAGAGGAGCUUCUUGAUUCUAAUGGAGUGGUUAAAGUUGAGGUGCCUGUGUGUACCAUAAAGGAUCUUGAUAAUGGGAAGGAGUUUGUGGUGAAUGAAGUGAGGGAAGAUGGGAUGUGGAACAAACUUAAGGAAGUAGGGACAGGGCGGCAAUUGACAAUGGAAGAAUUUGAGAUGUGUGUUGGGACUUCACCCAUUGUUCAAGAAUUGAUGAGAAGACAGAAUGUAGAGGAUGGUGGUAAGGAUGGUUUGGAUUCCAAUGCAAAUGGGGUUGGUGUGAAUGGAUCUAAAUUCAAGAAGACGGGAAGCUGGUUGAGAAGCAUCAGGAAUGUGGCUAACUCUGUUACUGGUCACAAGGAGCGUCGGAGCAGUGAUGAAAAGGAUACAUCGUCGGAGAAGGGUGGAAGAAGGUCAAGUUCUGCCACAGAUGAUAGCCAGGACGUUUCUUUUCAUGGACCGGAGAGAGUUAGAGUUCGACAGUAUGGGAAGUCAUGUAAAGAGCUUACUGCACUCUUCAAAAGCCAAGAGAUUAAUGCACAUAAUGGAUCUAUUUGGACUAUCAAAUUCAGUUUGGACGGGAAGUAUCUUGCAAGUGCUGGUGACGACUGUUUCAUACAUGUUUGGCAGGUUACAGAGUCAGAGAGAAAGGGUGAUUUGUUGCUAAAUAAACCAGAUGAUCCAAAUAUGAAUCUUCUUUUAUUGACUAACGGGUCCCCAGAACCGAAUUCUAUUUCUCCCAAUUUGGAUGGUCCCACAGAGAAGAAGAGGAGAGGAAGGUCAUCCAUAAGUCGUAAAUCAGUGAGCUUUGAUCACGUUUUGGUGCCAGAGACUGUAUUUUCCCUUUCUGAGAAGCCCAUCUGUUCCUUUCAGGGACAUGAAAAUGCUGUUCUUGACCUCUCCUGGUCCAAAUCUCAGCAAUUGCUCUCUUCUUCAAUGGAUAAAACAGUGCGACUCUGGGACUUGUCUAGCAAUUCUUGUUUAAAGGUCUUCUCACACAGUGAUUAUGUAACCUGCAUCCAGUUUAAUCCUGUAGAUGAUAGAUACUUCAUAAGUGGAUCCCUGGAUGCUAAGGUUCGCAUUUGGAGCAUUCCUGACCGGCAAGUUGUUGAUUGGAAUGAUCUACAUGAGAUGGUUACUGCUGCAUGCUACACUCCAGAUGGUCAGAGUGCAUUGGUGGGAUCAUAUAAAGGGAGUUGCCGUUUGUACAACACAUCAGAAAAUAAAUUGCAGCAAAAAGGUUAUAUCAAUCUGCAGAAUAAGAAGAAGAAAUCCCAUCAAAAGAAAAUCACGGGUUUCCAGUUUGUCCCUGGAAGUACAUCAGAAGUGCUAGUGACAUCUUCAGAUUCUCGAAUUCGAGUCAUUGAUGGUGUUGAUCUUGUUCACAAGUUCAAAGGAUUUCGCAACACAAACAGACAAAUUUCAGCUUCUCUCUCAGCUGAUGGAAGGUAUGCAGUAUGUGCCAGUGAGGAUUCAUAUGUGUAUGUCUGGAACCAUGAAGGUGAUUCCCGACCAAGCAGAAAUAAAGGGGUUACUGUUACACAAUCUUACGAGCAUUUCUAUUGCCAAGAUGUUUCAGUUGCCAUUCCUUGGCCUGGAAUGUCGGAUACAUGGAAACUUCCUCGUACGAACUCUUCCACAGGACACAGUAGCCCAGGUGAUUGUUUGGACGAGGCGCUUGCUGCAAAUCAUCCUCCUACACCUGUUGAGGAAUCAAAUGAUAAUGAGCGGUCAUCUAGUAGCCCACUAAACGGAACUAUAUCUAGCGCCAUGAACAGCUACUUCUUUGAUAGAAUGUCAGCAACAUGGCCCGAGGAAAAACUAGUUUCAGCUACUACUAAGAAUGUUAACGCAGAUGCAAGUAGUGGGUUAAAUCAAAGCAAGCCUGCAUGGGGCAUGGUAAUUGUGACUGCAGGUUUACGGGGGCAAAUCAGGACUUUCCAAAACUUUGGAUUGCCAAUCCGGAUAUAGUGGGAACUGGAAGUGAAGAAGGAAGGUCCAAUUACCACAAAAAGUACACAACAUUUGUACAGAUAUUGAUGAGAUUCAAUAUUGAUUUGUAAUACUAUCAAUUUUUCUUCUUCUUUUGCCGGUUGGAUCAGGUGAAAAAGAAAGAAAAAAAAAAGGAAUUCAGGGUAGAAAGAAGUAAAACCCUGUUUGGAUACCCAUAUUUUUUUUUUGUUUUUUUUUUUUUUUUUGUUUUUAAAAUUUUUUUGCCUGUAAUAGGCAAUUGUAGAGUUGAGGAUGGUGAAAGUUUAUUGAAUUAUACAAAAUUCUUUACAAUUUGUUAAGCA